CAAGGGUCUAGCCAAUCUCUCCUUGUGCGUGUUUAUUGCCUGCAGUCUUCGUUUCUUCCACUUACUUCCUCUUUUCAACCUUUUAUAACGAAGAAGGCAACAGAAAGACCAAGAUAGAACAUCCACAGACCAAGAUGUCCUCUUCAGCCUCCACUGCGCCGACCGUCCCCCUCAACACUGGGGUUCAGAUGCCCCUUUUGGGUUUGGGCAUGUACAAACUGUGCGGUGGCGAGGCCGUGCUCCAAGCUCUGGAUGCGUCCCUGGCUGCGGGAUACCGGGCCUUUGACAGCGCCGCCGUGUAUGGGAAUGAAGCCGAGCUGGGUCGUGCCCUCAAGGAGCUCCUACCAAAAUACGGCUUGACCAGAGAGGAUGUGUUCAUCACCAGUAAACUGGGCCCCAACGAUCAGGGCGAGGGCGCCACGAAAGGAGCCCUCCACAGCCUGUCCAACCUCGGCAUGGAUUACAUCGACCUCUACCUGAUCCACUGGCCCGGGACCCGGGGCUUGGAUGUGACUGACCAGCGGAACCCAGGAAACAGAGCUCAGAGUUGGGUGACAUUGGAGGAGCUGCACGCACAAGGGAAACUUAAGGCCAUUGGGGUGUCCAACUAUACGCCGGCACACAUGAGGGAGCUCAUGGACAGCUGUAAAGUCCGGCCCGCAGUGCUGCAGGUGGAGUUCCACCCACUUGAGCGCCAGGCCGAGCUGAGGAACGUGUGCCGGGAGUUUGGCGUGUGCUUCCAGGCCUAUUCAUCCCUGGGGAGGGGGGAGCUCCUCACGGACCCGCAGGUGGUCCAAGUGGCCGAGAACUGCAAGCGCACGCCCGCUCAGGUGCUGCUGCGCUGGGCGGUACAGCAGGGCGUCCCGGUGCUCCCCAAGUCGUCCAAUCCGGAGCGGAUCCGAGAAAACGCCAGAAUCUUUGACUUCACGCUGAGUGACAGCGACAUGGGCAAACUGUCAGCUUUGGAACGAGGACACAGGUUCUGCUGGGAUCCCUCCCAAGUGGUUUGACGGGACCCACCGCUGACGGCCUGGCAGUGGGGACUUAAUUCAUCCUUUUAUUAGCAUCACAUUGUGAUUACAAUUAUCAACCAUAGGCAAAAUUAAUCGCACACCGCUGUGCCUUCCACAUCAUGUGGAGCCGUUGACAACAGUUAUCUCAUCAUGACAAAAAACAUAAAAAAAUGACUGAUGAAUAGAUUGCAUCAUACUCACCAGAGAUGCUGAUUAAUAAAUCAGUAUGU